GAAAGUUUUGUUGGUCUGUUGUGCAGGGGAUAGAAGAGCUGCUGCUUUCGAAGUGAGUGUGUGUAAGAGAGACUCCUGCCAGGAGAAAGGUGGAGGUUGAUGGAGGGAGGAUGACUUCGGGUGUGCAGUGAGAGUUAAUGGAAAUCUCUACCCAUUGCUGAAAGAAGCUGGGAAUUUUGUGGGUCCUCAGGGAGGUGGACUUCUCUGUGGGAGCUCCUGUCCUCAGAGCUGGGUUAUAUAUUGCCCUGUGAAGUGGAUCAGGACACCAAACCAAUCAAACCUACUGGGACAUCGCUGCUGGACUGAACCCAGAUUUUGUAAGCCACCGGCACUUUGGAAGCAAAUGCCAGAAGGAAAAGCCACUUCAGCAUACUUUACUACUAAUAAGAGAAGCUAAGGAGCCAGGUUUGGGUUUUGGAAAAGCUCUGUGACCACUGGCAUUGUCAUCACUUCCCUUGGACUGAAGAUACAGGGGAAACUGCCUGUAGGAGAAAAAGUCCAAGAGUGAUAAAUCUGCUCUUGCAGCGAACCCCAGCAAAGAAUCAUUGUGUGUUCCCAUAGUGUUGUUCUUUGUCAGCAAAGGAGAAACUGGCAAAGUCAGGAAGUAAUCAUGAGCAUUUUUCUUUGAGGAAGAGACGCUUGCCAGCCUCUCACUUGGGAAGGCUGUAAAACUUUCUAGGCACCCACCAGAGCCAUCCUGGGAAGGGAAAGGAGCAGCAGCAAUGGAGCUACACGUGUUGGUGCUAUCAUUCAUUCUCACCCUGCCAGUGCCUUCCUUCACCUUUGGGAACAAACUACAGCCUCUUAUGCCAAACGUUUGUGCGGAGCAAGAGCUGGUGAUAGUGGGGCACAGGCAGCCGUGUGUCCAAGCUUUCACUCGGAUGGUCAAAGUGUGGAAACAGGGCUGUCGAGGGCAGCUGUGGUGCAUAGGCUAUGAACGGAGAACAGCAUAUUACACAGACUACAGGCAGGUGUACAGCGCGGAAUACCAGACUGUGUACAAGUGCUGCCCAGGAUGGUCCCAGCUUGGAGGGGAUGCUGGCUGUCUUUACUCUGUCUGCAAUUAUGGAGUUUGUUUCAAUGGAGGAAACUGCAUGGAAGGAUCUUCUCAGCUUUGUCGCUGCCCGUCUGGUUUCCAGGGACCCCGCUGUCAGUAUGAUGUCAAUGAAUGUGAAGCCGGGAAUGGUGGUUGUGAGUCCCACUGCUACAAUACGAUUGGGAGUUUCUACUGCAAGUGCCCCAAUGGGCUGAGGCUGAAGGGAGACGGGAAGGUGUGUGAAGGGUACCGUCCAUUUGAGCACCUCUUCUGGCUACUGGGAAGAAGCAAUGAUGUUGAUGAAUGCCAAGUUCACAACGGGGGCUGCCAGCACAGAUGUGUGAACACCCUGGGAUCCUAUUAUUGUGAGUGCAAACCAGGCUUUCGCCUGCACAGUGAUGGCAGGACCUGCCUUGCUGUGAACACCUGUGCCGUCAGCAAUGGUGGAUGCGAACACGAUUGCGUGCAGCUGACCCUAACACAACAUCAGUGCCAGUGCCGGUACAAUUACUACCUGAAGGAGGAUGGCAAGCACUGUGUCCUGAGGAACCCGUGUGCCAAUAGGAAUGGAGGCUGUAUGCACCAAUGCCAAAAUCACCGUGGAACAGUGCACUGUGAGUGCCACCCCGGCCACAGACUGGCAGCUGACAGCAAGGCCUGCGAAGACAUAGAUGAAUGUGCUGCUGGGCUGGCCGUGUGUGCACACAGCUGUCUCAACACCCGCGGCUCCUUUAAAUGCACUUGCAAUCCUGGGUAUGAACUGGGAGAAGAUGGCAAGCAGUGCUACAGGAUAGAGAUGGAGAUUGUGAAUAGCUGUGAGGCUAGCAAUGGUGGCUGUUCCCAUCUAUGCCGUCACACCAGCUCCGGCCCUGUUUGCUCCUGUAAUUUUGGCUACAAGCUUGACGAGGACCAGAAAACCUGUAUUGAUAUCGAUGAAUGUGAUGCUCGUUCUCAUUGCUGUCAGCAGGAUUGUUACAAUUAUCCUGGUGGCUACGAAUGUGUUUGCUAUGCUGGAUACAGGCUCGACAUGGACGGUUGUGGGUGUGAUGAUGUGGAUGAGUGCUCCUCAAAUAACGGUGAGUGUGAGCACACAUGCCAGAACCUGGUGGGGUCCUUCCAGUGCAGCUGCCAGAUUGGAUACAAACUGGAUGAAGACCGGAGGAGCUGUAUUCCUCUGGAUGACCCCAUGGAGGCCUUUGACGGUCAACGCCCCAUCAUACGCCCUAUUCCUCACGUUGCCAUCCUGCGUGAUGAGUUCACCCAGCUCUUUGAUGAGGAGUAUGAGGAGGAGGAGGAAGAGGUGGAAGCAAGAGGAGAGCACACACUUUCGGAAAAAUUUGUCUGCUUGGAGGACACCUUUGGUCAUGACUGCAGCCUGACAUGUGAUGAUUGCAGAAAUGGAGGAACAUGCAAUGAGGACCAGACUGGCUGUGACUGUCCGGAGGGCUGGAGUGGAGUCAUAUGCAAUCAGACCUGUCCCGAAGGCACCUUUGGGAGGAACUGCAGCUUCACCUGCCACUGUAAGAAUGGAGCCACGUGUGAUCCAGUGACUGGGAAGUGCCGCUGCCCGCCUGGGGUCAGUGGAGAACUGUGUGAGGAUGGCUGCCCUAAAGGAUUCUUUGGGAAACAGUGCAGGAAGAAAUGCAACUGUGCCAACAGAGGUCGGUGCCAUCGAAUUUACGGGGCCUGUUUGUGUGACCCUGGACUUUACGGACGAUACUGCCAUUUAGCCUGCCCAAAGUGGGCCUAUGGGCCCGGGUGCUCCGAAGAAUGCCUGUGUGUGCAGCAGAAUACCCAAGAGUGUGACAAGAAGGACGGCUCCUGCACAUGCAAACCUGGUUAUCAUGGCAAAAGGUGUCAGACAAAGUGUGACUCUGGCUAUUACGGUGGUGGUUGCAAGAACAAAUGUAGUUGCCCGCUGGGAGUUUCCUGUGACCACAUGAACGGAGAGUGUCAGAAAGAGUGUCCUGAAGGUUACCAUGGGGAGAACUGCGACCAAGAGUGCCCAGAAGGGACAUUUGGUGUUAACUGUCUACAAUCCUGUUCCUGUGGCAGCUCCCCCUGCGACCGGCUCACUGGAAAGUGCAUCUGUUUGCCGGGUAGAACAGGACUUGACUGUGGCCGAGCUUGCCCCGCUGGUCGCUGGGGAGUGGGUUGCCAGGAGAUCUGCCUGGAGUGUGAGAACGACGCCAGCUGUGACCCUGCCACGGGUGCCUGCCUGUGUCCACCUGGAUAUGUUGGCAGUCGCUGCCAGGAUGUGUGUCCAGCUGGCUGGUUUGGGCCGGGCUGCCAGAUGAGAUGUAGCUGUGGGAAUGACGGGCACUGUCACCCAGUGACAGGGAAAUGUAGCUGUGCUCCUGGCUGGACUGGGGAUAACUGCAGGAGAGCCUGUGAUGCUGGCCACUGGGGCCCAGACUGUGCUAACACUUGCAACUGCAGCAACAGUGACGGAAGCUGCAAUAGGAGCACAGGACGGUGCAUUUGUGAAGCUGGCUCCACAGGACUCCACUGUGAUCAGAAGUGUCCAGAAGGAUGGUUUGGGCUAAGCUGCCGACACCGGUGUCAGUGUGACAAUGGAGCCAUCUGUGACCAUAUCAGUGGGGCGUGCACUUGCAGCCCUGGCUGGAGUGGGACGUUCUGUGAGCGUGCCUGUCCCGAUGGAUUUUAUGGCCUGGAGUGUCAGAAAACCUGCACAUGUCUGAACGGAGCCCACUGUGACCAUGUGACGGGGCACUGCAUCUGUCCCGCCGGCUGGAUUGGCCUUAACUGUAACCAGACUUGUGAGGAUGACUGGUAUGGAGAGAAUUGCAGUCAGGCAUGCAGCUGCUUUAAUGGUGCCACCUGUGACCAUGUUAGUGGACAGUGUCUCUGUGCGGCUGGAUGGACAGGAGCCACUUGCCAGCAAGCAUGUCCAUAUGGUUUCUAUGGCGUGAACUGCCACCAGCACUGCCUCUGUGGGAAUGGCGGAACGUGUGACCCCGUCACAGGGCACUGCACAUGCCUGGAAGGAUGGACUGGAUUGGCUUGUGAGCUGGAAUGUGCGCAAGGACAGUAUGGUGUGGACUGCCAGCAAGCCUGCGACUGCCAGAACAGGGGGCUGUGUGACCGUCAGACAGGCCACUGCAUCUGCCGGGCUGGCUGGACUGGGCAGCAGUGCCAACACUCUUGCCCGGAGGGUACGUUCGGAGAGCGCUGUGCAGAGCAGUGCGCCUGUGGGGAUGGAGUCUCAUGCCACCACAUCACUGGCGCCUGCGACUGCCCCACAGGCUGGAGGGGACAGCACUGUGAGAAAGCCUGCCUGCCUGGUUCAUUUGGGAAGGACUGUGCCAGCCGCUGUGACUGUCCCCCAGGAACACCUUGCAACCAUGUCACUGGCCAGUGUGGCUGCCCUCCAGGAUUUAUGGGCCAUGGAUGUGAACAAUCCUGUCUGCCAGGGACCUUUGGGCUGAACUGUGCUCAGGCUUGCCAGUGCGCAGAAGUGAACCAAGACUGUCACCCUGUCACUGGGGAGUGUAUCUGUGCACCUGGUUACCAUGGAAGAAAUUGCCAGCUAAGAUGUUCAGCUGGUUGGUAUGGCCUCAAUUGUGAGCAGCAGUGUAAGUGUAAGAAUGGAGGACGCUGUGAAGCCACCACAGGGACAUGUCAGUGUCCCGCCGGGUACGUCGGCGCUGACUGCGGCAUCGGCUGCCCCAUUGGUCGCUAUGGCAAGGAGUGCAUGCACCUGUGUUCCUGUGGAGAAGGAGCCACCUGUCACCAUGUGACAGGCAUCUGCAUUUGUCCAGCAGGAAGAACUGGUCCCAGCUGUGAACACGUCUGCCAGAAAAACCAGUAUGGGGCAGGCUGCAAGCAGACGUGCUCCUGCCAGAAUGGAGGAAUCUGCCACAUGGCCGACGGCUCUUGUUUGUGUGGGCUUGGGCGGACCGGGAAAUUCUGCGAACUGGAAUGCCCACCAGGGAAGUAUGGCGCCAACUGCCAGCUGAACUGUGCAUGCCGGAAUAAUGGGACUUGUGACCAAGUGACGGGAGCCUGCCACUGCCGCAGAGGGCACUAUGGGCACUUAUGCGAGCACACCUGCCCUCCAGGUUUCCAUGGACUUCGUUGUCAGGAGUUGUGUGAUUGUCAGAAUGGCGCAACUUGCGAUCCAGUGACCGGUCAGUGUCUGUGUCCUGCUGGCUUCCACAAAGACCGCUGUCAGACAGGCUGCGAGGAGGGGUGGUACGGUGACCGUUGCCAGCAGUUGUGUGACUGUGAAGGAAACGCACCAUGCGAUCCAGUCACGGGGCGCUGCCUGUGUCCGCCUGGAAAAACUGGCACCAAGUGUGACCUGGAUUGCCGCCCGGAUAAAUUUGGCCCAGAUUGUGCCCUGACCUGUGACUGUGCCUCUGUCAACUCUUUCUGCAAUGCUCAGACUGGCCAGUGCACUUGCAUUAAUGGGUACAUAGGCCCUACAUGUCAAGAAGCUGUGGCAGCUAGAAUAUCCUACCUGUUCGCUCCCAGGAGAGAUGUGCAGCCUGUGAAACAUUAGGUCAUUCAUACAGCCACCAUGUUUGAGGAGAACAAGAGAGUCAGCUUGUAAACCAGCCCCUGGUCUUUCUCUUCACUAACAAACAAACAAACACUAACCACCCAGGAAUUCUUUUGGUGACCAACUACUGGGCCACCUGCGAUUCAGCCUAAGAGGUUUGAGGCCAUUGUACACAGCUCAUUCACCUCCGCAAGGAGACACUGAGCAAGUGUAUAAAAAGCCACACAGCUGGAAGAACCGCUCUUGGAAUUUCAUGCUCGAUCACACACUUUUUUACUCUAUAAUAGAGAGACAGUGGAGUUCAAAUGUGGUUUUUCUGCAGUAGAGAAUUAUUGGACUUCUGUAGCUCAUUCUCUAAUUUUUUUAUUGUUGGUCUGGAAUUGUAAUCAAUCAAAAUACAUAUUUAUGUAAGGUAUUUAUGGGAAGAUGUACAAAUGUGUUUUCAUGCUUGGUAGCCAAAGAUCCCUGGCACCAGCGUGUGGAUGUGCUGCAUGGCUGGAUUUCUGAACUCGUCAUUGGAGUUUACCAUUGGCCACGGUGCUGUAAUAAAACAAACAUUCAAUCAGUAAGUAAGUAAGUA